AUGAGAAGAGGUUCCCUGAAAUUGUGCUGUGUGAGGCUGAGGAUUGGUACAGAGUUAGGCUGCAUUGUCAAGAAGGUCUUCAAAAUUUUACAGCGGGAGUUCAUCAAGGAGUUGGAACUGAAUACGGUGUGUGAUCUCUCCACACUGGCCCAUUUUGUACCUUUCAUCUGCAAGAUGAGUCAUCUUCACAAAAUCAUGCUCCCAACCCAUGCUAGUACGUGUCUCCAAGACCCCACCCACACUCCUGCAAAGGGCAGUACCACUGACAGGAACAAGAAGUAUGUCCACAAGAUCAUUUCUCUGUUCUCCAAACUCAACUGUCUCAAGCAUGCCACCACAGAUGAUGUCUGUUUCCUCAAUGACCACAUGAAACAGUUGCUUAGGUGCCUGAAGACGCCGUUGGAGUCCCUGUCCAUCUCUUUCUGCAAUAUCUCACAGUCAGACUUGGAGUCCUUUGCCCAGUGGGGUUACUAUCAGCUUAAACAUCUGUACCUGAGAGGUGUCAAUUUAAGUGAUUUGAAUUUCAUGCCUCUCAAAGUUUUCUUACAGAGUGUUGCAGACACUCUGCUGACCCUGGAAUUAGAAGACUGUAGGAUGAAGGACCCUGUCCUUCUCCCUGCCCUGAGCCAAUGCUCCCUGCUGACCAGCAUCAAUCUUUAUGACAAUGAAAUUUCCACCAGUGCCCCGAAAGACCUUCUGUACCACACUGCCAACCUAACCCAGCUGACCAAGGAGCUGUACCCUGCUCCUAAAGAGAUCUAUAAUCACUUUGGUUAUAUCAGGGUAGAGACAUUUUCCCAAUGUUGUACUGAGCUGAAGAGCAAGACACUCAUCACUGUAAGGCAGCUCAGGUCAAUCUGCUUAGGUAGCAAUCCCUGUUAUGGCUGUGGUGAGCGUUAUUUCUAUGAACUGGAGACAACACUUUGA